AUGGCCCAGAUUGGACCAUACCAGCUCAUAGAAAUCAAUGUGAUUUCGGCCCAAGAUCUACCCCAGGUCUCCAAACCCGUUCGGGCUUACGCUGUGGGCUGGGUCCACCCAGACCGCAGACUUACCACCCAAGUUGACCAUGAGGGUAACACCAACCCCACGUGGGACGAGAAGUUCGUGUUCCGCGUUGACGACCACCUCCUCAAUUCCGACAACGCAGUCAUCAUGAUGGAAAUCUACGCUCAGACAUGGCUAAGCCCCGUCCUCAUCGGCACCGUCGCCGUUCACGUCUCCAACCUCCUCCCCAAAAGCCGGAAACCAAAGCCCCGCUUUGUCGCGCUCCAGAUUCUCCGCCCCUCCGGUCGCCCCCGGGGAAACCUCAACAUCGGUAUCACCCUCCUCGACAACACCAUGCGGAACAUGCCACUCUAUUCCGAACUCAGCUCCUCCGGAGACGAUGAACUAAUGGAAACUAGGAAAAACAAAAAAGUAAUUACCGAGGAGGACCGUGAAAAGCACUCGCCUUUGGAAACUGCUAGUGUUUUGACGCUGCAACGUUGUCAGAACGAGAAAAACGAUUCCACCAUCAAUGACUACACCUACCGCGGGACUGCGAAACGUUACGGCUACGAUGAGCAGGAUUCGGAAAUGGGUGUGCGGAAAGGCGGCGUCUCCAACGAAGACUCGCUCAUUUCGGACGUGGGGCCCUCGCCAUCGGUGGUAGCUGCGGCGAUCGCGAAGGGGUGGUACCCCAUGCCGCCGCCGCGUACGGCCGAAAGUUCUAUGGUUGACGGGUGGUCGGUGAAUAGCGGGAAUGAGGCUGUGGUGAAGAAGAUGGAGAAGUGGAGGGCGGAGCUUUCUCCGGCAUUUGAGGAUUACGGUGAGGAGCGGAUGAAGCUGCGGCAGACGCCGCAGCGCGAGGGGAGGACGCCGAAACGCGAGGGGAGGACGCCGCAACGCGUGGGGAAGACUCCGCUGCGCGUGGGGAAGACGCCGCAGCACGUGAGAAAGACGCCUCAGCGCGUGGGACAUACGCCACAGCGCGUGGUACAGACGCCGCAGCGCGUGGUACAGACGCCUAGGCGUGGGGCGAGGCGCCGCGAGCCGUUCUCGUGCUUUGGAACGGUGUUUGGGUGUGAGAUAACGAUUACUUGCGCGAAGGGGAACCGGCAGAGGAAUAACGGAGAUGAAAAGAGUCGUCUGACUGCGGAGUCGUCGGAACUGACCUACGAUGAAUCGUUUAUUUGA